AUGCAAAACAGCGAUGUCUUACAAGUUUUACAAAUAAUCUGGCCCGAUAUCCCUGAAGAAGAUUUCCGGCAGGACGGCUACUCCAACUUCUUAUCAUUUGUCCGUCUGCAAAUGAACUUCGGCCCACCAUGGUCAAAAGCCUCGGGGGGUCAAAUAGCCAUGGCUGGGCAUAACAUUGUUUCCUUAAUACGUGACCUUGCUCAAACAAACGAUUUGCUAUCCUCCAAAGAUAGAGCCAUCGAUUGUGCCAGAAAGCUGGCCCCUUCUGAAUCGCCAUCAGUGGAGCCCGCUCUACUGUAUGCAUCUCUGGACCUCGCAUUACGCAUCAUCUUUUCGUUAGAUGUUCGAACAGCUCCACAAGAAAGCUACCGCUCGCCGACAGUUGCUCUUGCAUCAGUCAUAAAAUGGGAACAUGGGUCUAGUCUUGAAGAAUCUAUCAAAUCACACUUUUUCAGUCGACAGCCUUUCACGACAAGUACAAGUACCGGCAGGAUCGAUGCUACGUUAUCAAUACCAUAUCUGUGCAGUACCAAGAGUUUUCGGGUGUUAUGGACGUCUAAUCUUGCUGACCACUUGAUUAUCAACUGGAAGUCGCGGAUUAUCAUCGUUUAUGAACAUAAGAUUGCUCUUUGGAAUCAUCUUCAAACUCCCAAGCGAACAAUCAUUCCCCACACAAUACUUGAGGAAGCUAUAGACACUUUCAACCUUAUUUUCCCUUUGAAUGAUCCUCACAAAAUCAUUUCUGCGACAAAAUGGCAAAUCAUUCUACGGGUUGGGCUACUGCGGCAGACCGAGGAGCUCUUGUUUGGAUUUGGGGCAUUUCCAACAUUGGAAGCAUCGAGUUGCUGA